GCGGCUUCGCCAUCGCCGUCGCGACGGCGACUAAUGAUUUUAAUUUAUUUAUCUUAAGUUUAUGCCUUUAAUUUUACAUGAACCUUAGCUUUUACUUUCAACUGUCUACGUAAUAAGUUAGAGUCGUUACCGUAUUAUGUCUAGAAUUAGGGGAAUCGAAGCCAAAGUGAAAAAAGAAAUUUUGCAUUCAGCCAAAAACAAAAAUGGACCAGACACAGCCUGCGACAAGGAUGACGUGGAGAAAGACCAGGUGAAAGAGCUCCUGGCGAAAAUCCCCAAGCUGGCCAAGACCUUCGACAUACACCGCAAAAUCGGAGAGGGAACGUUUAGCUCCGUCUACCUGGGAUCCUUGAGACAGGACACCGGCGUACAGGGCGCUGAGAAAAGAUGCUUCGCUGUGAAACAUUUGGUGCCGACCACUCACCCUACGAGAGUGGCGCACGAACUGCGCUGUCUACGAGACAUUGGCGGCAAGAAUCAUGUGAUCGGUGUGGAGCUGUGCCUUCGGAACUUGGACCACGUCGUCUUCAUUAUGCCUUAUAUACCUCAUCAGAAGUUUUCGGAAUACGUUGGAGACAUGGACGCGAUCGAACUCCGGCAAUACAUGCGCGCCCUCUUGACCGCGCUAAGGCACGUCCACACCUUUGGAGUCAUACAUCGCGACGUGAAACCCAGCAACUUUCUCUACGACAGAGAACGGCGGCGGUACGCGUUAGUGGACUUCGGGCUAGCGCAGCACACGGCCGCGCCGCCGCAGCCUCCGCCCGCGCACCAGCCGCUCAAACGGAUAAGAGAUGAUGACUGUGUGCUCCCAAGCGCGAAGCGCAUGGCACUAGACUUAUCGCGCGGUGCGCGCUCGCCUCUCGAGACAACGCCAGUUGUGGUGCCCGCCCCGCCGCGCGGGUGCGCGUGCGCGGGCGCAGGCGGCGUGUGCGGCGAGUGCGCCGUGUGGGCGCCGCCGCGCGCUAACCGCGCGGGCACGCAGGGCUUCCGACCGCCAGAGGUGUUCUUCAAAUACCCGCACCAAAGCACAGCGGUGGACAUGUGGGCCUGUGGUGUGAUGCUGGCCAGUGUUCUAUCCGGCCGUUACCCGUUCUUCCGAGCCACAGACGACCUCACGGCUCUGGCAGAGAUUACUGAGCUCCUGGGCACAGAGGCGUUACAGCGGACCGCGGGCGCACUAGGUUGCCGCCUAGUGACGUCAUCAGUCCGCCACGGGCUCUGUCUGCGCAAGCUGUCGGCGCACCUCCGCGGCGCCGCGCCGCCGCACGACGCGCACGACAAGUGCGUCAAGUGCACGCUACGACGCUGCGUCUGUCGUGAAGACACGCCGGCUCACAUAGUGGACCCCAGUCGGUCCGUGUGCGGUUUCCCCGACUCUGCGUUCGCGCUCGCGGCUCGGCUACUGGAGCCCGACCCGCGCGCGCGCAUCACCGCCGCAGACGCGCUGCGCCACCCCUUCCUGGAUCCGCCCCCUGUAGUCGAUACCUGUUCUCCAACAAACAGUAUACGUCGUACGUAAAUCUCAAUAUUGUCAAUACAUUAGUUAAUAUUUAGCGUUCGUUAAAUAUUUUGAAUGGAAAUUUCAUAGACUCUUGUUGCGUGACGUUGAUGUGAUUGUUAACUGCGGUUGCUGCAACUGGCCCUUAGUCCGGCUAGUUACAUUUAGUGGCAAAUUAUGGAAGAGUUACUAUUUAUUUUUAUAUAUAAACUUGUUUAUAUAACUAUAAUAAUUUAUAUAUUCUGCUACAGAUGUAGCUUGAAACAUUUACGAAAUUGUACGAACGUAUUAGGUAUGCUAUUUCAGUG